AUGGCAUCAUCGUAUAGUACUAAUUCGAUGGCUAUGCAGACACCACAGAAUACACCUGCGCAGAAUGCGCCCAUAUCAUCCCGCGCCCAGGCGCCUCAAGUACCCAGCAUUAACGAGGAGGACUUGGACCGUGCAGCUGCCGCCUCCAUCUUCGCACAGAAUCCCAAGCUAGUGUCGAUGAUGCAAAACAAGCUCCAAGGCCUUGUUGGCCGCUCAUCCGGCUACGUAGAGUCACUGCCAGCCCCGGUACGGAAACGGGUCGCAGGUUUGAAGGGCGUGCAAAAGGAGCACUCAAAGCUCGAGGCACAGUUCCAGGAGGAGGUGCUGCAACUGGAGAAGAGAUUCUUUGCCAAGUUCACGCCGCUGUACGAGAAGCGCGCCAAGAUCGUCAACGGUGAGGUCGAGCCGAGCCAAGAAGAGAUCGAAGCUGGUGAGGCAGACGAGGAAGACGAUGACGAGGAAGCGACUGCCGCAAAGGCCGAAGCCGACAAGGACGAGGCUGCCGCCAACGCGAAGGGUAUUCCAGAGUUCUGGCUUAGCGCGAUGAAGAAUUCCUCGCUUGCCGAGACCAUCACAGACCGUGACGAGGAGGCGUUGAAGCAUCUUGUCGACAUCCGCAUGGAGUACCUUGACCGCCCAGGCUUCCGCUUGAUCUUUGAGUUUGCGCAGAACGAGUUCUUCUCGAACAAGACCCUCUCGAAGACAUACUAUUACCAGGAGGAGAACGGGUACGGUGGCGACUUCAUUUACGACCACGCGGAGGGUGAGAAGAUCGACUGGAAGUCCGGCAAAGAUCUGACGGUCAAGGUGGAGAGUAAGAAGCAGAGGAAUAAAAACACGAAGCAAACCCGCAUAGUCAAGAAGACCAUCCCCACACCUUCCUUCUUCGACUUCUUCAACCCUGCGCAACCGCCAAAGGACGAGGACGAGGAUAUUGAUGAGGAGAUCGAGGCCAAGCUCGAGCUGGAUUACCAGCUAGGCGAGGAUAUCAAGGAGAAGCUCAUCCCGCGCGCCAUUGAUUGGUUUACGGGUGAGGCGCUGCAGUUCGAGCAAGGGCUUGACGAUUUCGAUGAGGACGAAUUCGAGGAUGAAGAUGACGAUGAUGAGGACGAAGACCGUGAUGAGGACGAUGAAGACGACGAGGACGAUGAGGAGGAUGGCUCGAAGCCAAAGCAGGAGGCUGCCGAAUGCAAGCAGAGCUAG